AUGAAAUAAACUAUAAUUAUAGCUGCUUUAAUAUUAGUUGUUGUCUAAUCAGCAACAUCCUACUCGGAUUAAGAUUUAAUGAUUUUGAUGGAAAGAUCACAAAUUCGUGGAGACUAUUAGGAUGUUGUUAAUGAAAGAAGUGGAGCUUUAAUUUCAAAUGCUAGACAGUUAACAUUUUAUGGGGAUCAAUUUAAUAAUAGUCCUUUAAGAGAUGCCAUAUAUGAUAUUGCUCUUAAUAGUAAAGGAUAUGUUUCGGCACCUGCAUCAGGAAAAAUACAACUUGAUUUAUUGUAAGAAUAUGAAAUAAACACUAUUGUAAUAUGGUUUUAUGAUCUCACUACAAUCACAUAUAAAUUUAAAGUAACAUUAGUUAACCCUGAUGACUCUUUAACAGAAGUCUAUAAUAAUAGUUCAGCUGUAGGUGGAAUAUAUAGAAUCACAUUUGACGAUCAAUUAGUCAAGUCAAUACUUAUUAGUGAUAUUUCAGGCACUCAAGCAUUAUUAGUCAUUAAGAUCCAAGCAUUCUAUGCAUUUUGAAUAAAUUAAUAAAAACAAAAC